CCGCGUGCCCAACAAUGGGACCCGGGACAGGGGUCGUGUCUGAGCCUCAAUUUCCCCACCUGUCAAAUAGAGGUCUGUUACCUCCGGGGCUCUCGGCUCAGAUAGAGAGACUCAGUGAGCAGCGGUCAGCCAGGAAUAAAAGAAGCCACCAAUUAGUGGCCCUUGAUUGUGUGCCAGGCCCCGUCCAUUCAUCAUCUGAUGUCAUCUCUGCUGGAUCGGCGGGUUUGGAGGGACCUCAGCCCAUUUCACAGCAGAGGAAACCAAGGCUCCGAAGUGGUAACUUGCCUGAGAUCUCCUGGCAGGCUGUGCGCGCCAAGUGAGCAGCCCCAUUUGGCCUGGAAGCCUCUUAUCUUGGCAUCUGUCCACCUUUACACGGAGCUGAAGCUGGACCGACCCCAGAGCAUCUGCACAGAGUGAGGGAAGGACUACAACAUGCUCUGAAGACCCCUGCAGCAAGACCGGGAAGCAGUGAGCUCAGUCCAAACCCAGAAGUCGCCCUGCCCCCAGCCCACCAUGGCCUCCGCUGACAAGAAUGGCGAGAGCGUCUCCUCUGUGUCCAGCAGCCGCCUGCAGAGCCGGAAGCCGCCCAACCUGUCCAUCACCAUCCCACCUCCCGAGAACCCGGCGCCGGGCGAGCAGGCCAGCAUGCUUCCCCAGAGGCCCAGGAACCCAGCCUACGUGAAGAGUGUCAGCCUCCAGGAGCCACGGGGACGAUGGCAGGAGGGCAGCUCAGAGAAGCGCCCUGGCUUCCGCCGCCAGGCCUCCCUGUCCCAGAGCAUUCGCAAGGGCACGGCCCAGUGGUUCGGGGUCAGUGGCGACUGGGAGGCCAAGCGACAGCACUGGCAGCGCCGGAGCCUCCACCACUGCAGCGUGCGCUACGGCCGGCUCAAGCCCUCGUGCCAGCGCGACCUGGAGCUCCCCAGCCAGGAGGUGCCCUCCUUCCAGGGCGCCGAGUCGCCGAAGCCCUGCAGGAUGCCCAGGAUUGUGGACCCCCUGGCCCGCGGACGGGCAUUCCGUCACCCGGACGAGGUGGAUAGGCCCCAUGGCCCGCACCCACCGCUGACCCCAGGGGUCCUGUCCCUCACCUCCUCCAGCAGCUGUUCCCACCUGCCCCGCCGCAAGAGGGUGUCUGUGGCCCACAUGAGCUUUCAGGCCGCCGCCGCCCUCCUCAAGGGACGCUCCGUGCUGGAUGCCACGGGCCAGCGGUGCCGCGUGGUCAAACGCAGCUUCGCCUACCCCAGCUUCCUGGAGGAGGACGUGGUGGAUGGCGCAGACACAUUUGACUCCUCAUUUUUUAGUAAGGAGGAAAUGAGCUCCAUGCCCGAUGACGUGUUUGAGUCUCCCCCACUCUCGGCCAGCUACUUCCGGGGCAUCCCACGCUCAGCCUCCCCAGUCUCCCCCGAUGGGGUACAGACGCCUCUGAAGAAGGAGCACGGCCGAGGCCCGGUGGACGGGGCCAGGCGCGGCAAGCGCAUCGCCUCCAGGGUGAAGCACUUUGCCUUCGACCGCAAGAGGCGGCACUACGGGCUGGGCGUGGUGGGCAGCUGGCUGAACCGGAGCUACCGCCGCAGCAUCAGCAGCACCGUGCAACGCCAGCUGGAGAGCUUCGACAGCCACCGGCCCUACUUCACCUACUGGCUGACCUUUGUCCACAUCAUCAUCACACUGCUGGUGAUCUGCACGUACGGCAUCGCACCUGUGGGCUUUGCCCAGCACGUCACCUCCCAGCUGGUGCUCAGGAACAAAGGUGUGUAUGAGAGCGUGAAGUAUAUCCAGCAGGAGAACUUCUGGAUUGGCCCCAGCUCGGUUGAUUUGAUCCACCUGGGAGCCAAAUUCUCCCCCUGCAUCCGGAAGGACCAGCAGAUUGAGCAGCUGGUGCUUCGGGAGCGAGAUCUAGAGCGGGACUCGGGCUGCUGUGUUCAGAACGACCACUCGGGCUGCAUUCAGACCCGGCGGAAGGACUGCUCGGAGACUUUAGCCACUUUUGUCAAGUGGCAGGAUGAUACGGGGCCCCCCAUGGAUAAGUCUGAUCUGGGCCAGAAGCGGACAUCAGGGGCAGUGUGCCACCAAGACCCCAGAACCUGUGAGGAACCAGCCUCGAGCGGCGCCCACAUCUGGCCCGAUGACAUCACCAAGUGGCCAAUCUGCACCGAGCAGGCCAGGAGUAACCGCACCGGCUUCCUACACAUGGAUUGCCAGAUCAAGGGCCGCCCCUGCUGCAUUGGCACCAAGGGCAGCUGUGAGAUCACCACCCGGGAGUACUGUGAGUUCAUGCAUGGCUAUUUCCACGAAGAGGCAACACUCUGCUCCCAGGUGCACUGCUUGGACAAGGUGUGCGGGCUGCUGCCCUUCCUCAACCCCGAGGUCCCCGAUCAGUUCUACAGGCUCUGGCUGUCUCUGUUCCUCCACGCAGGCGUGGUGCACUGCCUCGUGUCUGUGGUCUUCCAAAUGACCAUCCUGCGGGACCUGGAGAAGCUGGCCGGCUGGCACCGCAUUGCCAUCAUCUUUAUUCUCAGUGGCAUCACCGGCAACCUCGCCAGUGCCAUCUUCCUCCCAUACCGGGCGGAGGUGGGCCCGGCGGGUUCGCAGUUUGGCCUCCUCGCCUGCCUCUUCGUGGAGCUCUUCCAGAGCUGGCAGCUGCUGGAGCGGCCCUGGAAGGCCUUCCUCAACCUGUCGGCCGUCGUGUUGUUCCUGUUCAUCUGUGGCCUCCUGCCCUGGAUCGACAACAUCGCCCACAUCUUCGGCUUCCUCAGCGGCCUGCUGCUGGCCUUCGCCUUCCUACCCUACAUCACCUUCGGCACCAGCGACAAGUACCGAAAACGCGCCCUUAUCCUAGUGUCGCUGCUGGUCUUUGCCGGCCUCUUUGCCUCUCUCGUCAUCUGGCUCUACGUCUACCCCAUCCACUGGCCCUGGAUCGAGUACCUCACCUGCCUGCCCUUCACCAGCCGCUUCUGCGAGAAGUACGAGCUGGACCAGGUGCUGCACUGACCCCCGAGGGACAGGCUGCCUGUCUGCAGAGCGCCCCAGCCCGCGCCCCGGACACCCGCCACCGGGGGGGCCCAGCCCUCCCUCCGC